AUGGUAAACAAGUCUUUGAAGCUAGGAUUCCCUGAGAAUUUGCUUGAUAAUUUUGGAUAUUUAUGCGCAACGCUCUCGAAAUUAGGCGAAGAGUACCAGCAACGAGGAUUGGCGAUUGAUGCAGCAUAUAAAAACUAUUCCGAUACCCACAAUCAUUGUCACUGGGCAGCAAAAGCGUGUGCAUCUCUUCUCAAACUAUUACUUGAAUUAUUUGGCGCGGACAACACUGAUUCUAUCCAACUCGCUAUUUUAAACGUGGAUAUGAAAAAUUCAUUGUUUUCAGAUCAGCUGGAGAAAUAUUUAGCAGAUAAUAUAUCUACCUGUGUGGUCAAAAAGGCUUUGUUAAACAGCAAAGUACAAUCACCAGCACCUUUACAAUAUUUUCAACGGAUACUCGAUACCCCCUCGACGCAUGUAUCUGAUUGGCUUUCAGAUUUAGAGAUUUCUCAUCUCUUUAAUGUGCUACAGGAUCUGGCUAGCUCAAUCUUCACUACUCAAGCUAUUCGAACUGAAGCUUUAAAAUCUGUUGCAAAGCUAUCGCUAUUUACCACACAUACUCAAUUUGUUCAAUCGACUCUGCUGUCUAGCAUAGAUACGUCUUUGUCCACUAUGAGCAAAGACAUAUUUUUUGAUGAAUUCUUUCUUAAAGGCUAUAUCGUUGUACUACAGUUUUUAGCUCAUUCACUUCUUGAUACUGAUCUGGACGUCAUAUCUGUGACUAUCAAAACUCUUUCUACCAUUGCUACAAAAGAAUUGAUAGAAACUGCCAUCCCGUACCUGUCAGCACGAGACGUGGCAUUUAUUAGGCUGUUUACGGGACGGAGUCAAUCAGGACGGGAAUUGCCUAUAUCAUCCACGACAGCUUCUUGCUUAUGUCUAGAUACCAUGUUUAUGAAUAGUGAAACACCUAUGAUUUGGUCCCAAAACAUUGCAACCGCGUUGCUGGCUACCUAUACAUACACGCUGACAUACUCUGGUUUAAGCAAAAUGUUUGAAAUCCGACCAGAACUUGCAGAUAUGAUACUGCCAUAUCUGUUCUAUACCCCACUUGCAGAUGAACUGGACACAUCCGAUUCUGUUCGUAAAGAACUAUCCUGCAUUUUGAAUGCAUUUUUUGAAAAGGCUACCAAGAAAGAUGCAUAUGCUAUAUCUAAGCUAAUCAAUGUAGUGCAUUUUAUGUAUAAAUGUCCAGCACCACAUUCAAUCAUUAGGUACGAGUGGUUUGAUUUAGACUAUUCCGCCGUAUCUAGAGCUGCAGCUUUAGUAAACCCACUUGAAGCACUAUUUUUUAUUGAAACUCAACAUGUCAAAUCACAUGAUCCCGAUAAUACUCCAACUUCAUCGACAUGGAACACGCUGCGGGAGUGCUACGCAUCAUUAAACGAGUUGGAUAGUUUUGAAGGCGUGAUAUCUCAUUAUCGCCAUGACACAGACAGUAUUCUUAUACAAAAGUAUGAGCAUGGACACCAGUGGGGGAAGAUAAUGUCGCUGAUGGAUACACGACUACAACUUUUCAAAGUAAAUGGUGAGUCAAAGGAUCAAGCGUCUGCUUAUAAUGAUGAGCUGAAACUAUGUAAAGCACUGAGUCAGUCUGGACAAUAUCAUAUUCUGGAAAAGUUGUUGGAAUCUAUUUUUCAAUCGAUGGGAUCUGAAAAAGGUCAAGAUGCUGCUUUGCCAGAUUCGACACAAUCUUCAUUUAAUCUAGCAAUCUCAGAGUUGAGGCAUGAGUGUUUUUGGCGCAUAGGCAGAUGGAAUAUGUUGACGACUGAUAGUGGAUCAAAAAAGCCAGAAAAAUCAAUCUACGCUUCAUUAAAAGCACUCUACACUCUUCCGUUUUCAACUGCUACAUAUACCACAUUGCUAAAAUCAUUAACUGACUUGACUGGACACAAGCGUGCAUUUCCAGAUCUAUUAUGCAUUGUCGAAGCCAUUGAAGUAUAUGAGCUACUUAUAGAUAGCGAUAAAAGCUUUACCGCCAUGCUAGAUUUAUGGAACUCUCGUCUUAAACAAGUUUCUGAGCAUGAGUCGUUUUUGGAAAUUGAACGACUCAUGACGUUUAGAAUUCAACUACUUUUUUCUUUUCGGCAGGCUUGUAUUAAUGCAAACAAGGAUAUUCAAGUGAUUGAUCAAUUCAGCGCUACAUAUCUGGUAGAUUUAUCUCGUCAAGCUCUGUCUAAUCAAUAUUUUCAUACAAGUCAGCACGCCAUUCAACGGUUUUCAGAGUUGAAUACACAGUCGCUUCCGUGGCAAUCGCUGGAUAUGGAAAUCCAAAAACUAAAAUUGUAUUGGCUGCAGGGUGAUCAAGCUUUAGCAAUCGGGUUACUGAAAGAUUUGAUUGACAAGAAAAAAACUAUUCUUGCUGUGCCAGUCAAAGAAAACCGUAAUGCAUAUGCAAGCUUACUUUGCUUACUUGGAGAUUGGUCAUCACAAAAUCAAUCCCAAACGCCACAAAAUAUUGUCAGAAAGUACUUGCUACCCGCUUCUGACAUCCGUAGUCAGAUUGAUAGUAUUUCAGCUUAUACAACCUCAACCACACACGCUAGCGAGUAUUAUCAGUUGGCACGGUUUUGCGAUCAAAUUUUACACGAAAUGGAAUCAGAUGAUACACAUAUCCGUGCAAAUCAGGUGUUGCAAGAUCGACAAGAGGAGCUACGUCAGUAUAUAACCGUAGAGUCCACAACACACACAAAACAUGAACGAAUUAGUAUUGAUCGCGCCAAAACCAAACUUGUAAAGCAGAUUGAUAUUGAUCAAGCAGAGGCGAAUCGCUACAAUCGCGAAAUGUCCGUUUAUCUUAAGCUUAGUGUACAAAACUACAUGAAAGCGCUAACGUACUCCACUCAGCAUUCUGAAGAAACCGUGUUUCGAUUCUGUUCAUUGUGGUUCUCUCAUUCUACCAAUACAAGUUUACAAGAAACAAUCGCUAAAAAAGUUGAUACUUUGCCUACACACAAGUUUUUGGUUUUGAUGUAUCAAAUAUCUGCUCGAUUGAUGUCAUCAACACCGUCCGCUUAUACUGAAUCGACAAAUCAACAUAAUCAAACUGUUGAUAAAGAAGUACGAUUUUGUCAAGUGUUGGAAAUACUCAUUAUCAGAAUUAUCAAAGAGUAUCCAUAUCACUCCCUGCCACAUCUUAUUGCCUUUAAAAACGGUGCUGAUGGCAAGUCGAACCCAUCACAUCACACUUUAAAAAAUGGUGCGCUAGGCAUAAACCAUAGCGAAAACGAGUGUCAGCAACCCAUCAACUCUGCACAAAAGAUUUUGGAUGUCAUUACGGCUGAUAAAUCUCUGCAAACAUCAACCAAACAAGCAAGCCUAAAUAGUAUUAUAUUAAGCUUGGAUGGCUUAUUUAAUCUAUAUAUGCAAGUUGCAGAGCUCAAGCAUGAUAAAAAGACGGCAAAACCAAACAAGCAGAAUAAGAAUUCUAAAGGAUACUUGUUUGAAUCUGCAUUGCUUAUAUCCAAGUAUACAGAAAAUUCGAGUGUUCCUAUUUUGACAUUGGAACAAUCUAUUGGAACUCCUGGCGAUUGGAGCAAUAUUGUGCAUGUUUUCAAGUUUGAAAAAUCGUAUACACUCCCAGGCGGCAUCAACGCUCCAAAGGUGAUCAAAUGUAUAGGUAAUAAUGGUAAAGAAUACCAACAGCUGGUUAAAGGAAACGAAGAUUUGAGACAAGAUGCAGUUUUGUCGUCCAUUUUCAGCAUGGUUAAUGUACUUUUACUAAAGAAGUUUGAGUCGCGUAAGCGUAAGCUGAACAUUCGCACAUACAAAAUCACCCCAAUGUCCCCACAGACAGGAGUAAUUGAAUGGGUAAAUGGAACUGUGCCUAUUGGAACCAUUUUGGUUGAUGCACAUCAACGAUAUAGACCAACAGAUUUAACCACAAGCGAUUGCCGCCAAUUGAUGAUGAAAGAACAUGAACGAGUGGGAUCAGACUCUGCAUCAAAACUUGCUGUAUAUCAGACAAUCAUGAAUCAGUUCAAGCCUGUGUUUUCGCAAGUACUAUUGGAACGGUUUACAGACGCACGAGAGUGGCUGCAAUGUCGAACACGAUACACACGUAGUGUAGCUGCAAAUUCAAUGGCAGGAUAUAUUGUUGGCGUUGGAGAUCGCCACGCACAAAAUAUUUUAUUUGAUUGUCAGACUGCAGAGGUUGUACAUAUUGAUCUGGGGAUUGCAUUUGAUCAGGGAAAGCUGCUGUCUAUUCCCGAACUGGUACCAUUUCGACUGACUCGAGAUAUGGUGGACUGUAUGGGAAUGACAGGAAUAGAAGGGGUAUUUAGAAAAGGAUGCGAGGAAACCUUGCGAGUUUUAAGGCAGGAAUCAUCAGCGAUAUCGAUGCUGCUAGAUGUGUUUCUACACGAUCCGCUGUACAAUUGGAAGAUAUCACCGCUAAAGCUAAAGCGAUUGCAAAAAAAAUCGACAGUAGGGUCGACAGAAAAUGAAGUGAUUGAGCAAAUAUCAACAAAAUCAUCGAAAAUCAUUAGAUCCGCAGGCAUUGUUCACAAGGAAGAAACGCGAGGCAGAGAAGAGGCUGCACGAGCCAUCUUUGGAGUGCAUAAGAAACUAUCGAGUACACUUGGACUAGAAUGCCAAGUAUCGCAACUCAUUAGUACGGCAGUCGAUGCAAAUAAUUUAAGCAGAAUGUUUCCAGGAUGGUAA